AGUCACGGUCUCUGGAAACUUGGCACUUCCCCUUCCCAAGAGCGAGAUAUGUACAUUCACAUCUGAGGUUCCCCCGAGGUAAAAAAAUGUUUGAACAUACCACGUUACAUCUUGAUAUGUUUGCAUAUCGAAGGACUCAGUAGCGAAAAUCGAGUUUGUGAUAUUGUUUCCCAAGAUUAAAAACUCAAGAUUAUGGAAUUUUAAAUCGCUCAUUUCCUCCCCUCUCUCUCUAUUUCGUAACGAUUAUCGGUCGACCGAAUGUUGACAGCUGUUCUCUCGGCGGCGCGAAUAUGGCCGCCGAGAAAUCGAUAGACGAGCAAUGUGGGGAAUUGAAUUUAAUCUCACGUCGCCGUGACAGCGUCUCUCCCCAUGGGACGUGACCUCGCGACCGUCGUCCGUGAAUGUGCCGUUCCGUCAUCGGAUGCAACACAUUGACGCGGGGAUUGUUUCUGCGCGCGCGCGCGCGCUUCGCACAUCACCUUCGCUACCGUUCAGCGUUCAGCUGAUCCGCGGAUGACGGGUGAAAGUGCUCCGAAUAGCUGUCGAGCUGUAAAGACGCGUGGCUGAUUCGACGCGAUGCACCGGGCCUGAAGAGAUCAGCCGUAUCGAGAGUUCCUAUCCUCUUUUGGAAUUCAUCAAUGCUUAUAAAGGAGGGACUGAAUUUUUGACAGCUGUCCAGUGUGUAUAUCUGAAACUUCUUGUUCUUGUCAUACAUAUUCAGUAUAAUAUGUAACAACAUGUGCUUCAAUUUGUCUUAUGGUUGACAUUCAUCAAGGAAAGAUUGUUCCUUAAACAAUCAAUCUUUAAUAUGGAUAUUGAGAACUUCCUCUUGCAAGUACACAGUGUGAUAUUAUCUAUGUAACACUUUGUAUUUGGAUACGUGCCCUUAAUAUUUAUCGAGGGAGAGAUCACGUUCUCAACAACAGUGAAUCUAAUAUGGACAGUCUGGAGCUGAUUCUGGUAACUGUCAUUGCAUUUAUCUGUGGUAUAAUAUGUGCCCUGGCAGUGGAAUUUUACCUAUUCAAGAGGUAUCUGGAAUCGGGGCCUCAAGCAACUCUGCCACAAAGACAGUUACAGCAUGGCAAGGCGCAGUUACCUAAGGAGCUGGUGGAACAGCUGCAGGAGGAAAGGGCGAACAGUAACAAUAGUAUGUCCCGUCAGGCGAUGUCUCAGGGUAAUGAGAACCUGGCCAUAAACCUUACACUGCAAUUCCUCUUCAAUGAACUGCGAAACGCCGAGCGAGUGCGUUUGUGGCUUUACAGGAAGUUAAAUAACGAAUUUAAGGAACUGUUGACGCAGUCGACAACUGCCAAGCUGUUAGAUAGCGUGAAAUUGAGAGACUUGAAUCUUGGCACGCAAUUUCCAACGAUAAAAGGCUUGGAAGUUGCAGAUUCAAAAAUCGACGCCGACACAGGUCUACUGGAAUUUCUGGACUUGGCCUUAGAUUUACAUUACUCAGGAAACUUUCAAUUGUCUAUAGAUGUUAAGAUGCUACUCGGUAAAACAGCCUACAUGGCAUUACAAGUAAAACGUAUCAGCGGUAAAGCUAGGCUACAGUUUACUCGUGUACCAUAUACACACUGGUCGUUGAGUUUCUACUCGGAUCCGAUCUUGGAGUUAGAAGUGCAAUCGCAGUUCCAAGGUCGUCAGUUACAGCCGCAAAUAAUCUCUAUUAUCACCAGUCAGAUUAGAAGAGCGGUGAAACGCAAGCACACUUUACCUCGUUAUAAAAUGCGUUAUAAGCCAUUCUUCCGAAGAUUGAAUGACGAGGCCGUGGAUCUCUCAGAAGUUGCUAGCACUCAGCUUACUCCAGGAUAUUUGGAGGUUGUAUUAUUAGAAAUCAGCAGAUUAAACCUUGCGCCUAUCACUGUCAAUAGUAGCGAGGACAUGUCGCAAGUGGAGGUGUAUUGCACCAUGAGUGUGGACUCCAUGCCAUGGGUAUAUUUAACACAGUAUGGCGGCGUCCCAUACAUGGUGCUGGAUUUGAUCAUAAGCAAGACUGGUUCUCAACAAUUGGGUGUAGUGUUUAAGCAGGAAGUUGUGCCAGAGGUCGGUCAAAUGUGUGUGCUGGUGGAAACUAUAGUAUCUGGCAGUCCGGCGGCAAUCGCCGAAAUGAAGAAGGGCGAUAUUUUAGUGGCGGUAGAUGGCAAAAGGGUAUCGAGCAUGAACCAAGUGGCGAAAUUUGUCAAGACUGCCGUACAACGGCGCUUUAUCAUCAGAGUGGAGAGGAGACAUUCGAAGGCGGACUCGAGCGAGAGAGGACAGAGAAUAGACAGUGAUAGAAUGUCUUUUACCGAGAGGAAGGCAUCAAAAAGCGAUUCUAUGGGAAGAAUGGACAGUCCGUGUACGGAAGAUGCCGGAAAAAUGAAGUUUGAAGCGCAGAUCAAAUUCUCUGAUCUUCGAGAUUCCGAUAACGAUCUUACGGAUUCUCGAUUAGAUACCAGCAAACUAUUUAAAAGAAGAAAGAGCAGUAUACAAACAGAAGAUACUGCUCAGACGCCUGACACUACACCGUCUCGACGGAUUUCAACGAUUUCCAUAUCAUCGGCGUCAUCAAGCAAUGUUCAAUUUUAUCUUCCGGACGAGAAUAAUGUGAUCAGCAUUGCCGAUCUGUGCUACAACACGAAAGAAAAGCCGUUUGCUUCUCUAAUCUCCUUUGAAGAAACCAAAAGUUUCCGGGUCGAUUCUGAAUUACAAUAUUUGAACGUAGGUGUGUGGGGUCAUGUGAAGGGAAGCGAGACGCCGCCGAGACUAUUAGGCUACAUAAAUGCACCUGUAAAAUUGAUUCUGGCGCAGUGUUGCACCUCCACAACCGGGCAUUACCUGAAAUGUCAUGCCUUAUUGCCGCCAGAAAGUGUUUCGUUAGCGACAUCCUACAUAAGACUGCAAGGAUAUUCGGGAUUCGAUCCAACGCUCUGUUAUGGUGACAUCCUAUUGUCAUAUGUGUGGGAAUCUUGUCAACCGAGCAAUCAUAUAGUCAAUGAUUCCGGAAAGAAAGAUAACACGGAAACUGCCAAAAUACAACCAAUUCCGAGCGAUGAAGUCGUCGAUAAAAAGAUGCAUGAUUUCAUUAGGACACACUUUCAUAGGGCAACGCACUGUGAUUUCUGUACGAAAAAGAUUUGGCUAAAAGACGCGGUGCAAUGUCGGGACUGCGGCAUGGUGUGCCACAAGAAGUGCGAAACACGCUGUCAAGCGUCCAGUACGUGUGGCGCGGAAAGCUUAGCGACAUUGGCGCUGGAGGCGGACGAGAUCGAGCCAAACGCUAUCAUUGGAGACAUCUCAAGUCCGGAGAUUUCUCUGACCGGAUGCGAAGAUAAUGUGCAGGGCGCAAGUAUGAUGGCCGUGAAGGCUAGUAUAGCUAACACUCUGUUGGGCCUGAAGAAGGCUGGAAGUACCAGUUGUCUGGCCCCACCGGCUUCCAGUACUGGUCUGGCAUCUCGAAGUCUUCCCCCAAGUCCCUGUGCAUCCCGCAAGAGCUCAUUGGCUGGAGGUUUGGGAAUAAGUCCUGACCUCUUGGAGGGUGCUGAGCCAAGUGUUGCAGCUCCACUUGUGGCUGGCGAUUUGGACGACGGUCUUAUGUCAAGAGCUAGAGAUACCGGCAAGUUCUUGUACAAGUACCUGGAGCCGCGGGAACGCGUCGAAAAGAUCAACAUCAUGAUGGGCAAAUUGAAGAACGCCUUGGACGCCGAAACUACCUCAAGAUUAGAGUUAUCUCAAAACGCGGAAAGUAUGAAAUUGAUUGCGCAGAGCGAUCUGCGAGUGCAGGCUUUAAGCGUGCUGCUUUUGCAUUACUGUGCUGGUUUGCAACACGCGCAGGAGGCGUUAGACCGACCAGAAGCUAAUAAAGAAUCUUAACCAGAAUGCAUUCGACAGCUUUAAAGGAAAAAAAAAGCGUUUUCUGCAAAACAGACGGAAAAUGUAGCGAUAUUCGAUAAUGAAAUAAUAAUGAUUCGCAUUUUUUUCUCUGUAAUGAACCGUGACUAGAUGACGUAAACACGACACUUGUAUCAAUUUUAUGAUGCUAAUGUCGUUUUUCAUAUUAUAUUUGUUAUAUUGUUACCAGACUGUUUGAAAUACUGCACAGAUUUUUGUAUUAUGCACAGAAAUAGGGAGCAAGGAUCCAACAGUAUUUAUAUAGACAUUCCAUUAUUACAAAUACCGAAAUUACAAUUAUAUCUCAUACGUAUAUUAUUCUUUUUUUCUUUUUUACUAUUUACAAUAGUGUUUUAAUACUUUAGAAGAAUACGUAUGUAACAUUAUUAUAACGUUCCGUAACGAUACAUUUUCCAAAAUUUGGGGUGCUGAUAUAACAUUAUAUAUAUAUGUAAUGUUUGUAGCAUCACAUUAUGAAGAGGUUUAAAUAUUACGCCAUAACUGUUCCAAAGUAUUCUACAUUAGUCAAUAUCGAAUUUACUGCUAUAUAUAUUCAAAUGAGAUAAGAAUAAAUGAUAAAAUAUAAUCACCUGAUUUAUUCAGUCAAACUUGGGCUCUGUAAUGUGGCCAACUUUUAACGAUAAAAAUAGAAUAAUUUUGAUGGGAACAUUUUUCUCUUAAA